UAGAACUUUUAUAGUAUAGCUACAUGUAAAUAGUAGUAAACAACAUUCUCUAGAUCAUUAGCUACAAUGAAGUAUCCUUGGCCUGUGUUUCAAGGUGUGCUUGUUCUGACGAUACUCUUCAGUACUGAAGCUGUGAGACAAUGCACUGAUGUGAGCUCAUUCAGUCAAAGUUUUAAUGCCAGUGGAGCAGCACAAUUCAACAGUACCCGGACCCAUGCUCCUGAAGCGAUAUUCCGUACUACAGACAGAAGCAUCUCAGGGGCAAGAAUACGUGGCAUACAAGACAAAAGAAAUGCUGAUUUUGUAGUAGGAGGUCUGUUUCCAGUGCACAGUGACAGGAAUGGUAUCAAUUGUGGCCAGCUACGAACACAGGGGGGAGUCGAUCGUGUGGAAGCAAUGCUCUUUGCAUUGGACAGUGUUAAUGCUGACCCGUGUCUCUUACCAAAUAUUACCCUCGGUUACGACAUCAGAGACACUUGUUUUGUGGAGCAAAUUGGGUUAGAUGAAGCUGCUGAUUUGAUUCUCACAGGAACUCACUCUGGUGUGGAGACUGGGUGCUCUGCAGUAGGGAAUCAAGAUUUAGCGGAAAACAGUACAAAUGAAGCAGUGCCAUUCACAAUUGGACUAGUUGGAGCAGCCUCCAGCCCAGUGUCCAUUUCUAUCGCCAGUCUAAGUCGUUUGUUUAAUAUGCCACAGAUAAGCUACAGCUCUACAUCGGCUACUCUUAGCAAUCGCGAACGGUACACAUAUUUUUAUCGUACCGUGCCUUCAGAUGUAAUGGAAGGACGAGCAAUUAUUGACCUGCUGCAGCAUUUUGAUUGGACGUUCAUAUCCACUAUUUUUUCUCGGAACAGUUACGGACAGUCUGGGAUUGAUGACCUACACAUGUUAGCAACUGAAAACGGAAUAUGCAUUGAUAUAAAUGAAGGAAUUGAAGAGAAUUUCAAUGAAGUACAGUACAGACAACUAGUCGAUAAGUUAUUGAGGUCAACGGCAAAUGUCGUUGUAUUCUACGCUACUGAACAGCAUGUUCGAGGCCUAUUUGAUCAACUAGCAAACAUUACACAGCCGAGACACUUCACCUGGAUAGCUACGAGUGCGUGGGCGCAACUAGCCGCCAGCUCGCAAUCGCUCGAAUCUUCGAUUGUGUCUGGCCUAUUUGGAAUAAUUCCCUCUUUUGAAUCUCUACGUUACUUUCAAGACUACUACUCAGGUCUUACUCCUACAAAAAAUCCCCGCAAUCCUUGGUUUCAAGAAUACUUUCAAAGUGUAUUCAAUUGUUCUGGAAACUGUGAGAAUGAAACCAACACGUCACUUUCUGAAACUGAACAGGAAUAUUCUAUACCCUUAGUGAUCGAUGCUGUCUAUACAUAUGCACAUGCCCUCGAGAACUAUCUGAAUGAAAAUUGUGAGUCACCUCUAGUUUGGAAUCGUACUGAACAGAGUUGCAAUGGUCAAAAAUAUGAUUUGAAUGGCUCUAGUAGUUUACUACAGUACAUAGCACAAGUGAAUUUUACAAGCCCAACUGGGAAUAACAUUAUGUUCAACGAGCAAGGCAGUGUGAACGCUUUGUACCAGAUAAUAAACUAUCAGGCAGCAAUAAGACACAACAGUGACGGCUUUAAAACAACAAAGUAUCAUUUCCAGAGUAUUGGAUUAUGGGACGGCUCAGUAAACAGAUCGUUAUCACUGAAAAUAAACGCAGCAAUUCCGGUGCAAUAUGGAAUUAAUGCAACAGGAGAGCUCAUUUCCGGACCAAUUCUUUCCGAGUGCAGCAACUGCGCUCCCGGUCAAUACUUGAGGACUGUCGAUGAUUCAUGCUGUGGUCUCUGUGAUCAAUGUUUGGGCGAACUGUUCUCCAAUAGUACAAGGAGUACGGAAUGUUUAAACUGUUCAGUGUACGGUGAGAUGUGGGGGGAUAAUCCAACUGUCGGUAGUACAAGCUGUGUGAGCAUACCAAACGAGUAUUUGCAAUUCAGUCAUCCGUUUUCUAUUAUAAUUUCGAUUGGGUCGGUGGCUGGUUUGAUUGUGCUGAUAGUUGCUAUAGUAGCGUUAGCUAUCCACUGGAAAUCUCCUGUUGUCAUAGCCUCUAGCCGCGAAUCAGUUGUACUUGUAUUGAUUGGAGCUGGAAGUAGCUUUGGAUCAAGUUUCAUAUACCUUUCACCACCAUCCAUAACUAUCUGUACUCUACAACGAAUUUUACUCUGGUUCAGUUUCUCUCUUAUGUAUGGUUCCCUGCUGAUCAAAGUGAUUAGAAUUGCUCGCAUAUUUGUGUUCCAAAAAUCAUCACUGAAGAAGUUGGUGUGUGUGCAAACUCAUCAUCAAGUAAUUUUCUCUCUACUUCUAGUAGCCGGUCAAAUGGUUAUUGUACUUCUUUCCCUGGUAAUUGUAAAUCCUCGUGUUUUACGAAAGCUUCAAUUGAGCGAAACGAAUGCCAACUCCCUCCCCGAAAUUGUGGUAACUUGUCAACCAGAGCCACUUUUGGGUCUGCUAGCCUCCGUUUUAUACGAGGCUGGUCUAAUUCUCAUUACUGUAGUAAUGGGAACCAUUACAUUUAAGAGUCCCGCUAACUUCAACGAAUCGAAAUCAACCUGCGUGUCUGCGUACAUUCUACUAAUAAUUUGGACAAUGUUUUUCGUCUCCUACACUUUCACACUCGAGUCUUUACCACAACUUCAAAACGCUUUCAUUGCCCUCACAAACACCCUCGGGGCGUACACUAUUCUAGGAAUUGUUAUCGGGCCGAGAAUUUUUAUAGUUCUCUUCUGGAAGGAAAGAAAUUCGAAGCACUUUAGCAGACGAGCAACUGAAGGAGAUGUUUGUGCUUCUAGAGAUAACAUGUCAUCUAUUUCCGGAGGGAUGACACUCGAUACGGAGAUUAAUACAGAGGCUAAUGGCCGCCAUCACGAUCAGAUAGCUCCACCAUUGUCUAACAUCAACGAUGUACAAGAAACAGUUGCAAACGUGACAGUCAAAGUGACUAACAAUCAAGACAUUCCCACUGCAACAACUUAG